AUGCUUCAUGAAGAAAUGAGUUUUAGCAAUUGGGAUAUAGUAUUAGAAACUAUUGGAACAUUUGCUAAACAAAAUGGAUUCACAUUUAAAAAAGAAUGUGUAGAACAUUGUCUUGAUAGCAUAAAGGAUGAAGAAAAUAAGAAAAAUGAGAAAAAUGAAGAAUAUGAAGAAGAUAGAAGUAUAAAUAAAUCUGAUGACAAUAAA